AUGUACGAGCCGGGCACCGAGCAGAUCAACUGCAACGGCAGACUUAUUGAAUUGCCCAGCCUGGAGGUUGUGCGUCCAGCUCCCAAAAUGCCAGCCGAUGCCAACAUUGAUUGGCUGCUCCACAUUUAUUUUACUCGCCGCGAGUUCACGCGCUGCCGCCGUCUCAUCGAACGUGAGCUGAAUCGUCAUUUGAAUCCCGAGUACCUGUACUUUGUCCAGGGACUAAUUGACCGUGAAGAGGGCAACCACAUUGAGGCCCUGCGGCAUUUGCAGAAAUCUGUGGAGCUCAAUCCAAGGAAUAUUGAGACCUAUAAGGAAAUCGGACGAACACUCUACAUAAUGGGUCGCUUUGCCCAGGCUUUGGGUGUGUUUCGUGAGGCGGAACAGCGUAGCAGUCGGCAGGAUCAUGAGAUAUACCAUUACCUGGGUGAAUUGCUCUAUCGUGCGGCCACAACGCAAAGCCAAAAGGAAAUAGCCAACCAGCAGCAGGACGAGGCACGUUCCUACUUUGAAUUGGCCGUGCAAUCUGGCCGGAAACUUGAGAGCUAUGUCCGUUUGGCUGAGCUAUAUCGCAAGGACAAGCAAUACCAAAAGGCCAUCGAUGUGCUGGAAACUUGCCUGCAUUUGACACCUGAGAACUCGGAGGUACUGAUUGAAAUCAGUGUCUUGUAUUUGAAAAUCAAUGAAACCCAAAAGGCACACGAUCGUCUGGCGGAAGUCGUCAGCAUCGAAAGGAAAUGCUCGCCCAAGGGACUUUUGGCCUUUGGCGCCAUUUUGCAGUCCCGCAACGAUGUCGACGGCGCUCUCAGCAAAUACAGCCAAAUCGCAAAUGCUGAGCCGGAAAUUGCCGAGCUGUGGAAUAACAUUGGUUUGUGCUUCUUCAAGAAGCAAAAGUUUAUUGUGGCCAUUUCAUCGCUGCGUAAAUCCGUUUGGCUAUCACCGCUUAAUUACAAUGCCUUGUACAAUCUGAGUUUAAUCUACAUUGCCUCUGAACAAUACGCCAGUGCCUUUCACACGCUGGCCGCAGCCAUAAACCUGCGCAAGGAUAAUGCCGAAUGCUACAUGCUCCUGGGCCUCUGUUUGCGUAAGCUGGACGAUGCGGAGAACGCAUUUGUGGCCCUAGAAAGGGCCAGCAGCAUGGCAACUGGGCAACAGGGUGCUGGAGGACGUAAUCCUUUGGUUUUGCUGAACUUUGCCCUCUUUUGCUACGAAACCGGACGUUUGGCAUUGGCCACCGAACAGUACAACCGUUUCAUGAGCCAGGCCCAGGAUCUUUUGCUGCCCACGGAAUACAAAUUCCAAGCCACCAAGCUGAAAUCCCUUCUCCGCAUCUCGAAUCAGGGCAAUGGAAUCCUGCUGGACUCCGCAGAUUUGGGGGAAUCAUCAUCAGAGUUGGGACAAAAUCGAUCCAGUGAACUGCUGCCAGACGAACUGCCACUGGAGGUAAAUGCUGUUGUUAGUCAAAAUUAAAAGGAGGUUUAUUAUCUCCAAAAUAAAAGCCAAUAAAGUAUUU